GCACCUAAUUCACUUGCAAAUAAACUAUUAACCAUAUCAUCUUUUCUAUCAAGCAAACCCACUAAAGAGAAAAACAUGGGUAAUUGCUUGGUGCUGCAACAGAUUAACAUGAUGAAGAUCAUGAAAACCGAUGUCAAAGCUCUUGAAUACAAAACACCAAUCAAAGUUGAAGAUGUUUUACCUCUUCCACCACCAGCAUCACCAAAAGGUGUCAAGAAGGUGAGGUUUGCAAAUCCAGAAGUUCAAGAUGUACAUAAGAGUAGUGUUGUUAGGAUUAAGCUUGUUAUUAGUAAGCAAAAACUGCAAGAUAUGUUGGAUAAUGGAGGGAUUUCAGUUGACAAGAUGUUAUCUCUUGCUCAUGGUGAAAAGGAAAUGGAUGAUGAAGAUUUGUGUAAAGAAAAUGAUGAUGAUUCUCUAGGAGAGUGGAAACCAGUAUUGAAAAGCAUACCUGAAGUAAUCUAGCAGUAUGUUACAAGUUACAAUACUUGUGUUUCUUUCUUAUAUUGCUUAGGUAUUAGAGUUUUCCUUUUUCAAACAUGUAUUAUGUACAGUUGUAUAAUACCUAAGAAGUGAUAUAAAUACAGGAUUAGAAAGAAAUAUUCACUCUUCAAGUUCA